AUGGGAGAGUACUCGAAAGCAUUUUCAGUGCUUAAAGAAUCUCUGAAUAUUCAUCAAAUGUCACAGGAUAAUAAUAAUUCGAAAUUUGCUGCAACAACAUACUAUUGGUUAGGACGGAUAGAGUGUUUUAUGAAGAUUAUUCGAAAGCACUUGAAUACUAUAGAAAAACAAUACAAACAAUACAAAAAAAGAGCCUUGCCGGAAAAACAUCCAGACUUCGCUAUAACAUACAGUAACAUUGGAGAUGUGAAAAGAUUAACUGGAGAUCAUACAACUGCACGUUCAUUUCUGGAAAAAGCACUUGAAAUUCAAGAAAAUGUUACUUGUGACCGUUGUGAUUUGGCUUGGAUAUACACUUAUAUGGGUGAAACUUAUCGUGAGAUGAAAGAUUACUCAACAGCACUAGAAUUACUUGAAAAAGCACUGAAAAUCCGUGACAAAUUGCUCGCUUCGAGUCAUCCCGAUUUGGCUGUAACAUGUCGCAAUUUAGCGAAGGUGUACAACGGACGAAGACAAUUUAAAGUGGCUUCUGGACUUGCGCAGCUCGCUGUUGAAAUGGCUGAACAAAAGUUGUCUGAAAAACAUCCACAUAUUUUGGAAUAUAAGGAAACAGUAUUAGAAAUACGUAAAAGCUUGUAA